AUGCCGUCAAGAGGAACCAUCAUGUCAAAAAUACACACUUUGUAUGACGAUGAGAAGGCACGGAGGAUGAACACGUUACAGCAAGCGACACACAUCGCGCUCACAGGGGACCACUGGACUUCUGUGAGCAAUGACAACUACUUAGGCAUCACAGCGCACUUCGUUGAUAAAGAAUGGAAAUUGCAUUCAUUCGCACUAACUGUGUCUAAAACUGAGGAACGACAGUACGCUGAGGCAUGUGCGGAUCAUUUUCUCAAUGUGGCAAGAGAAUGGGAAAUCGAGGACAAGUUAAGCACACUUGGCACUGACAGUGCUCGUAAUAUGGUUGCUGCCGCGAGACUACUUCCAUUUGAACACCUGCCCUGCACGGCCCACAUUUUGCAACGAACUGUGACGGUUUCCAUUCACGGCAGUGGAUUUGAAAGUGUCCUAGCAAAAUGUCGCAAGAUUGUUGGGCACUUUAAGCAUAGUCCAUCCAACGCUCACGAACUAAUGGAACAACAAGUUGCAUGUGGACAGAAACAAGAAUCUCUCGUUCAGGACGUUACAACAAGAUGGAAUUCUACCCUAGAAAUGAUCAAGCGAAUUCAGCGAAACAAAUCUCCACUGACCACUACCCUGGCUAUGCAAAAGACCAAUGUUGCCAUGUUGACUGCACAGGAGCUCUCUAAACUGCAAAAGCUGGAGGAACUACUUGAACCUUGCAGUCCUUUGCGUCCUUGUAGAAGGCAGUUUCCACGGGUUAUGCCACUAUCCAAACCAGUACCAUCCACCAAGCUGACCACAUUGAGACGUUCUACUGUUGGAUCAUGUCACUGCAAGUAUGACCUCAUGGUCUUCUUUGAGAUCUGUGAGCUGGAAGCUAAUGGAGACUACCUCCCUGCAGUGGUGGAUCAUAUACAAGGAAUGCCAUGCCAUGGGACCUUCCUGCUGCACCAGGGUACCCAGAGGAGAAUCACUGUGACCAUAGUGCACGAGACAGGAAAUGACAUUGAGUGGAAUGAGGUGAAAGAGCUGGUUGUAGGUCGCAUUCGCAAUACCCCUGAAACAGAUGAGACUAUCAUCGAACCCAACAUCCUCUCCCUGAACAUCCUAUCUGCAGGUUACAUUUGCCCCAUGCAGGACGACAGGACCUUUUUCCGCUUUGAGGCAGCAUGGGAUAGCUCCAUGCAUAACUCCUUGCUGCUGAACCGUGUUACUUCAUAUGGCGAGAAAAUCUACAUGACACUGUCUGCUUAUUUGGAGAUGGAGAAGUGCACUCAGCCAGCAGUGAUAAAUAAGGACUUCUGCAUGGUGUUUUACCCGCGGAAUGCCAAAACGGCUGCUUCCCGCUCAAUCCGCAAUCUUUUUGGCAGUGGCAAUCUGAAGGCAUCAGAGAGCGGUCGUGUUACUGGUGUAUAUGAAGUUUGCCUCUGUCGUCUAGGAGAUGCUGGAAGUCCAGGCAUGCAGAGGAGGCGCAGGAGAGUUUUAGACACCUCGGUGGCAUAUGUGCGUGGGGAGGAGAAUUUGGCUGGUUGGAGACCCCGUAGUGACAGCCUCAUCCUAGACCAUCAGUGGGAGCUGGAGAAACUCAGCCUCCUGCAGGAGGUAGAGAAAACGAGGCACUACCUGCUCCUGAGGGAGAAGCUGCAAGCCACACUGAUGCAGGGCUAUGAGUCCAACAAGAAGGAGGGGCUCUCCCAACAAUCCCCCUCAGGCAAAGCCACUCUGGAGAACCCGCUUACCCUGUACCAGCCCAGUGAGAGGCAGAGAGAGCUGGCUACCAAGUGCCUGCGGCUUCUCACUCAUACCUUCAACAGAGAGUUUAGUCACGUAUGCAUCAGUGCCAGCGAAAGCAAGUUGUCUGAGAUGUCAGUGACUUUGCUGAAGGGCACUUCCUCAACCUCUGCUCUGAGUACACUGACCCCUUCUUCCACAUGCCCCUCAUUGGUGGAUGGGCACUAUAGAAACAUAGAGCUCAGAACCCCAGUGCUAUGUCCGCAAAUUGUUAGCCCUGAUCUUGACUUCCUGCUUAAGGGACAGAUAAAGAAUUCUCCCAGUAGAGUCCUGAAGCCUGAGACAAGAAUGCAAACCUUUGUACCUGACAUUCAGGAAACGCGUGUGAGCCCAAUUGUAUCCAAAAAGGGCUACUUGCAUUUCCUUGAGCCACAUACCAACAGUUGGGUGAAGAGAUAUGUGGUGGUCUGCCGGCCAUACGUGUAUAUUUACAACACUGACAAGGACAGUGUGGAGAGGGCCAUACUCAACCUAUCGUCAGCACAGGUUGAGUACAGUGAAGACCAGCAGGCCAUGCUCAGAUCGUUUCUCUACACGUGGCUUCCUCACCACCUCUCUUCACCCAGCAACUACCACCUGCUGAGCUCACCAGGCCAGACCACCACCGCGUCCACGCUCAAUCCUCCCUCAUCCGACGUCCUCCUAAAUCUGACGCUUCCAAUUUCUCUUUGGUUACAAUAA